GUACGCAAUCCACGCAAUUGCAUAAUCAAAUUGAUUACGUGAUCAAUUUGAUUACGCAAUUAAUGCGGUGAUGGCGAUGGUGGCGGCGACGGAAGCAGAGGUGGUGGCGGAGGCGAUGGCGGGAUUGAAGGUGGAGCUGGUGGCAGCAACGAGUGAUGGCGAUGGUGGCGCAGGCGGAGGCGGAAGUGGUGGAGGAGGCGAUGGCGGGGUUGAAGGUGGAGCCGGUGGCAGCAGCGAGGUAGCUGUGGUGGUGAUGGCCGAGGAGAAAGAGCCGAUGGUGGCAACCAUGGGCCCGAAGGUGAUGCCGAUGGCGAUGGCGUUAGCGAUGGAGGUGGUGGUAGUCAUGGCGACUUCAAAGGCGGUGAUGUCGGUGGCGAUGGCAGUGGUGAUUAUGGUGGAGGUCGAUGGAUGAUGGUGAAGGCGGAGGGAGGAAAGCGGCAGCGGGCGGAAAGCGACUGAAGGACCUCUCCGAGUGAAUCCAAUUCCACAAACCAAAUGCUGUGCAAGAGUAGGCGGGCAACGUAGCCGGCGUUGUUCUUCCGCAUUAUCCAUUUUGAGAGAACAGUAAAGGAACACAAAUUGUACCGACCAAUCUUUCCCACAAUCAUCAGCGACAGCAUUGAUAUCUUUUCCACAAUCAUCAGCGACAGCAUUGGUAUCUCUUAUUCUCCUCCCUCCUUUCUAUUGAAAGGGAGGUAUCAAAAAUUGGCUGAACAGAAAAGAAUGCACAGAGAACUCGUUGCAAAGGUGCACGGGUAGGGAGGGAGGAAAUGAAAGGGUGCCGCAAGUGGCACGGGGAGAGGAAAUGUCCUACCUGAAACAGGGUACAAUUAAAACGAAGCCAACACCUUGCAGGGAGCAAAAAAAGCAGUUGACAUCCAGCACCCAUUUUAUACCUACAAAAGUUCCCUCCCAAGGCUCCAACCACUUAAACAGUCACUUCUCUUUUUUUUCUUUUCUCGAAGUCCAUGUUCAAUUUGCCGCACCCGCCCACUUUAGCACCACCCCGUCCCGGUGCUAUCUCUUUGCCCCUCGUCUCACACAGCAGGUCAUCAGGACUAUCGCGUGUACGUUAUCUUGCACCUAACAUAAUCUGUAACUACCAAUGAUCGCUAAUAAGGAUACGACUUCAACAGUCCAUUAAUCUAUACUCAAGAGGGGUUCACUGCUCAAAAUACACGGUGAUAUGUACAACCGUACGCCAUAACUAUAACAAACGUAACGAAACAAA